GAAUAACGAACAACGCAGUGGACGCAACGCCGAUCGGAAAAUCGUACAGUGCAACCUAUAUACAUACACCUAUGUACUAGACGCGCGCGUGUGAGUUUUAGUGUGCUGGCAAAAAUAAAAAACAGCUGCGAAACACAGAAAAAGCGAAUGAAAAAGGGCAAACUUCUCGACGAAGACGCGCUAAAUAUUAUUUCGGCGCCUCGUCUGCCUCUCGCGCUCUCCCAGUGUCCGUUUGUGUGAGUGUGUUGGUGCUUGUCUGUGGUGUGCGUGUGUGAGCAAAGCAAACGGGCAAACAAUUUGCCGCUAAAUACAAAAAGCAGCUGAAGGCAGCGGCAAAAACCAGCUGACACAUCAGCGAUCCGCCGACUCGAGCGCGAGUGUGUGUGAGUGCUUGUGCGAAAACCUACAAAAGAAAAUAAUAAAAAAAAGGCCACAGGCGCUAUAAAUAAAGAUCGCAGAGCGCAAUUCGCAAAAUAGCGCUAAUGUUUAUGUAGUCCACCGGCGGCGGCAACAGCAGCAACAACAACAGAGUGCACGUGGUUCUUGAAACACCAAAUUUUUGGCCACGAUAAUAACCAAAUACACAAACACGAUACAAUAUGUCCGGCGGAUCGGUUGCCAUCAAAACGGAGGAAGUUAUUCUAGAACACGCCGAAUACAACAGCGCCGAGGAAUUGGAUGAAGAGUUGCAAUUACAACUAGAAGAUUCAGGGGGCGAGAACACCUAUCAUAUCGAGUAUACUAACGAGUCGGCCCAUCAGAUCUCCGGUUCGCAGCGGCGUCAAUCUAGCAUGAGCGGAACCAACACCUCAAAGGGUGGAGGAGGUGGCGGCGGAGGAGGCGGCGGCGGCGGAGGAGCGAUGAGCGAUGGUGAUUGCUCUGGAAAACCAAUGCAGGACAGCGAAAAGCGUAUGCGACGGGAAAUUGCCAACAGCAACGAAAGGAGACGGAUGCAGAGCAUCAAUGCUGGCUUCCAGAGCCUGCGAUCCCUGCUACCCAGACACGAGGGCGAAAAGUUGAGCAAGGCUGCCAUCCUGCAACAGACCUUCCAGUACAUCGUGGAUCUGGAGAAUCAGAAGACGCAGCUGCUGACGCAAAACAGCGAACUGAAGCGACAGGUGGGCGAGCAUGAGGCCGGCGGCGGUGGUGGUGGUUCCGGCGAGGGCGGUAACGGUGCCAACUCUGGCGGCAACUACAACGAUUCCAGUGCCAACAACGGAGGCAACAACAACUCAACGACGGCGGUGGCCAUCAAGAAGCGCAAGCUCACCGAUAACGUGAUCAACAUUCAGGCAAUUAGCGACAGUUCCGACGAAGGCCUAGGAUCCAUGUCACCCGAACCGAUGACUCUUCUGACUGCGGGCGGAGCAGCCGCCACCAAGCUGAGCAGCGCAAGCAUCCUUGCCGCCAAGGAGCUGCUCGAUAAUAAGAAGCAGCUGGAGAAGGAGCGCAGUUUGAGGCGAUUAUUGGAGGAUGAGCUGCAGAUGAUUAAGCGGCAGCUAUAUAGUGUGGCUACUGCGCCACCCGGAACUGCAGUGGCAGCCGCAUCAGGUGGCAGCAGCGCCUACAUUCCACGCGAGGUCAUCGAGCACACCGAUAACUUUGUGCGUACCGAAGAUCUGGAGGAGUUGGGCGGCACCGUCUCAUAUGUGGAGAUUGAUGAGAUGACGGGCCAGCAGCAGGUUGUUGUGUGCUCCAGCAUUGAGGAACUGGAAGCGGAUGCCGCCGCCGAGAUCAUAACCGAAGAUCAGGUUCACGAGGAGGUCAUCCUAUCGUCGAAUAGCUCCACAGAGUCUGAGAACGAGGUCAACGUGAAUACCAUUGCCAAAGCCUAUGCCGAGGGCUGUACGUCAAGUGCGGCCAUGCUGCAGCCCAUCCUGCAGGCGGCCAUUAAGGCCACGCCCAAGGUGGAGGUGGAGCGCAUCCACGAGAAGAUUGUCAAAGUCAAGGCGGAGAAGCACGAGCAGCAAUCGAUUCAGGCCGCCACCCACUAUCAGCAUCCGCAUCGCCAGAAUCUGGAGACCAUAGUCCAGGCCAUUCGCCACUUGGAGGGUGAUCAUCUCUUUGCGGACGAGCAGCAGCAGCGUGGCCAGCAGCAUCAUCAUCACCAGGUCCAUCAGCUAACCGGCGUGCAUCAUCACACUCAGCAUCACAGACUGGCGCAAGAUGCUCCGCUGGCUCUGACCACCACGGGCAAGCAGCAUGCGGCCCUGGCCGAGCUGAGACCGUUCCUCCAGCUCAAGAGCGGCGGCAACAAGCAGGUGAUCAUCACGGCCAAGUCGGCAAAGGAUGCCGGCGGUUUGGUCUCCUCCUCCAGCAGUAGUACAGUCACGCCCACGGCCAUUUUCAAGGUGCAGACGACAGGCGGCGGUGGUCCCAACUCCAGCCACGCGCAGGCGGUGAUCAGCGGCAGUAAUACCCAGCAGGUGACCAUCACCACGACUGCCCUGAAGCAGUGCCGGCCGGGCGUUAUAGUGGCCAAGCAGUUGCCGUCGUCCUGAUUCAAUGGCCCCAAGAUGGGAACGGGAUUGGGAUCGGCAACUGGUGUCGCAGCGGCAGGAGCAGGAGCGGGAGCGGAAGUACUGGCUGCUAAGGCAGCCGGCAGAUGUGGUGGUGCAGGAGCUGUUUCUAAUUCACGAGCUAGUAUUAAAGGCGCUCGCCAGACAGCAGCAGCAACAUCAACAACAACCACAACCACUCAACAAUUUACUAAGCAGAAUCCUCCAUUUGCAGCCUCGCGACAACAACGUAAGAGUAGUGGCAGUAGCAGCAAGGAGACUGCUAUUAAACAACCAAGGUCGAGGCAAAAGUAUGUAAAUUAGUAAAAACUUAAACGAAAAAUUAUGAGAAAAUAAGAAACAAAUCAAAAAAGAAAACAAAAGAGAUACCAAGCGCAGACCUAAACAAUUUUUGUAUUUUUGGGAUAAUAAAUAACUAUAUAUAUAUGAUUUAAAUUAAAACUCAACCAAAACCAAUUUCCAAGCUUAGAACGCCAACAAUACAACAACAAUUCAACAAUCCAACAACCAACAACAAUCCAAACAACCAACAAUUCAACAUCAAACACAUAGCCACUGUAAUUAAAUGCAAAGAAAAAA